AUGACGAAUUCGAUGGUGAGGGGCCUGGAGCGGAUUCAUGCGUGGCGACAAAAGAAUUCUGACGACAGCGAAAACGACGGAAAUGAAAGCGAAGCAGCAGCAAUAGCAAUAGCAACAGCAAGCAGCAGCGAACCAAGCCUCGAUGCCCCUGCCGUCGGCAAGCCCAUAUCCCAUGGGCAGGUGGUGGACUUGUGGGAGAUACUGAAGCGAAACGAGUCCACUGACGAGGCCACCGAUGCUGCUGCAGCCCCGACAACCCUGGAGGCCCUUCUGGUCGGUGCCAAGGUCUACGUGCCACCACCAUCGCCGAAGCCGGAGCCAUCCGACGAGUACAAGGCCCUGAUGGCCCGGCUGCGCCACGACGAAGAGGCCCGAGCCUACGAGCGCAUGGUCAACCCGCCCGAAUACCACGCCGCCAACGAGGCCUUUGCCCGGGUCAACCGGCCGGUCUAUUCUGCCGAUGCGGGCGACGACGAGGUCACGCUCAACGAUGUGCACCGCCAGGUCAUGCUGAUUCUCAACUUUGUCCUCACCAUGGGCGGCGUCGCCUACACGCUGUGGGUGCUGGCCCGCUGGUGGCCUACGCCGUCGCGGCUGUUCUUGUCUAUGGGAGGCAGCGUGCUGGUCGGCCUGGCCGAAUACGGUCUCUAUGCCGGCUACGUCUGGCAUCUGUCCGAGGCUAAGAGCAAGGACGAGAAGGAAAAGGAGAUGGAGACGAAGCAGGUGCUGCGGACCUGGCUCGUCGGCGCCGCCGGUGUGGAGGAGAAGACGGCAGACACUGCGUCCGCACUACCUUUUGAUUCAAAGCUCUCGUCCGGUGCUGCAACAGCGUCAACAGGAAUGGCAGGCGACGAGUUGGGCAAAAGCGAUCUGACGCUGUAUCGACACGCUGCCGAGCCAUCAGCUACGAUGGGACUCAUGACGCCCGACACGCCGAGCUCACGUUCACCCACAAACCCAAAGACCAUGGCAGCAUCAGCAGCAUCAUCACCAUCGUCAUCCCCUACACCCACAACGCCAUCGACAGACAUACCCCCGCCGCGGAGACGCACGAUCCGGACAUACGGCAAGAAACGUCCGCUCGCAGACAGUGCAGAUGAGGAUGGCCGCCAUCCAGCACCUUCGGUGAGAACGGCCAAUGCGGCUUCUGACAGCGCCGAGACGGUGAAGCCGACCUCUUCCAAAGUGCCCUCGCCGCCGUCGACGACGGCAAGCGAUGGCAGCUCCAAAAAGCACAAGCGGUCCGGCAUCCUGCGAUACUUCCAGCCGGCACCACUGCCCCGAAGCUGCACCCACACAACAUCGUCCUCGUCAUCACAAUGCUCUGCCGGCGAGUCGGACCGGUCUGCCGCCCCAGAAAGCACAUCACAGACGGCAGCAGUCACCGGUACACCGCCACCAUCGCCGCCGCGGAGUCCUCCAACAGCACGGCCUCGUCAGAAGCGACGGUUGAACAUACGGCCGGACAUCCCUGAUGUGUCCGAGAAGAAGGCAGAGAGCGACACGAAGACGGCAAGACCGGAGGAGGAUGCAAAAGGCGACGGUCAAGACCGGCAAAGCCAGACCGGCAGCGGCACCACAGCAUCGAGCGUCCGGAUGCGAGCACGUAUGCGAGCGAGGAUGCUCGGCAUGUGUGGACUGGUCGACCAGGAACAACAGGCAUCGGCACGGAAGAAAACUCCCACGCCGGCAGCAUCAACGCAGACAACGCUGAGCCUCACGAUCGGCGGCGACGCCAUGAAGGAGUGCACCGAGUGCAACAUCCUCUACAACCCGCUGCAUGAGAAGGACGCCAAGUUUCAUGCACGAUACCACGCGUCCCUGCGGCGGAAACGGGCGCGACAGGAAGCUGCAGCUGCGGCAAGGACAAACUAG